AUGAUGACGUGUAUAAUUUUGCACAACAUGAUUGUGGAGGAUGAGUACGAAUAUGUUGAAGAGGAAUAUGAUGAUGAGGAUAUGUGUCCACAACGAUCCAGGAAGGCCAGAGCAAGACAGUAUGAGCUGGAGCCAAGCAUUACAUACGAGUACCACCAAGAUAGGCAGACUCUCUCUAGUUACAUGAUUCGUCAUAAUAGAGUUCGAUCUCCACAUGUGCAUCAUAGUCUCCGAUAUGAUUUGAUCGAUCACCUUUGGAGGAGCUUUGGAGAUUGUGAAUGA